AUGCCGUUAGAGACAAACAAAGCAUCGACUCCAAAAGAGGCCCGCAGCUCUUCGACGGUCACCGGGGGCCCCAGCCUACUUACCCCUUCGCCUCAUGAUGCAGGGGCUCACUCUGCUGCAGCAGCAGCAGAUGCUGCGGCGAUAUCCCCUUCAGGGGCUGCUGUUGCAGCCGAGGGAGAUGAGCUGCUAAGGCGCAUGCAGUCAGUCCUAGAGGAGGACGACAGCGUAGACAUGCUGCUGCCUUCGCUCUCCGCCAUCCACGCGCUUCCCGCCGCAGGCAACGCUGGGGGUUUUCGCGAUGUAGCUGCUGCAACACAGACCCUCGAGGCCAGUGGAGCUCUUUCUGGGCUGUUACGGUGCACAGGUAUUACCACAGACAGCAGCAGCAGAAGCAGCGGAGAUCAAGCAAUAGCUGCAAAUGACCCGGAUGCGAGGUCCCGCAACCUAGGGCUAGGCCUUGCUGCCUUGCACAAGCUCCAGCAACAGCAGCGCCUGGCGCAGGAACAGAAACAGCAGCAGAAAAGGCAGCAGAUGCAAGAGCAACGGCCGCAGAAAUUGGCAGAACUGGUCGCGAACCAUGAUGCCCACGCGGACCAGGGGCAGAACUCGGAGCAGGAGCAGCUGGUGCAGCUGCAGCAGCAGCCUAGCGUAGUUUGCUCCUCUGUGCAUACUUCGGAGCCUUCUAAGGUAACCAGAGAAGCUUCCACCGUGAGCAGUGACGAGGCUAAACAUGAGGUGGCACGACAGCGAACACAGCAGCAGCAGCAACAGCAGGAGGAACUGCAUGAGCAGCAGCAGCGACAGUUGGAACAGGGCGAUAUACCCAGUAGGGUUGGAUAUUUCGAGCUUUCCGAGCCUUCCACAACUUCUCCAGCGAUCAAUGCUGCAGCAGCAGCUGCUGCAGCUGCAGCAGCAGCAGAAGCCAGAGCGGCUGCGGCUGAAGCAGAGGCCCCAACAGGGAUGGAGAUUGACGAAACGAGGGCACCGGCAACUGCGGCAGCAGGGUCAACAGCAGCGGCAGCGGCACCAACAACAACAGUAGGAGCGGCAGAGGCGUGCACAGCUGGCACUGCUGCAUUAGGCUCUUGCUUGCAGACUGCUGCCGCUGCGCAACAGGUGGAGUCAUCUGCUCGCACACAGCAAGAGCGCUGGCUAUGGAACACCCCUUCUUUUUCUGGGGCAGGCGGUCGCCUCAAUGAGGGAGCAGAAGCUGCAACAGAAAGAGAAACAGGGGCAGUAUCGGCUUCGCCAGCAGUAGUCGCCUCAGCAGAGUUAGCAGUAGCAGCAGCAGCAGGUGUAGGAGGCGCUGCUGCGUUAGUGUCAGCCGUUGGCGGGAACUUGGGGCGUAGUGGAGGCACCGCAAACCUUCCUGCUGCUGCUGCUGCUGCUGCUGCUGCUGCGGCUUCUGUACCUCCCCUAACCGCAGAAGAGGAAGUGGCGCUGAUGGCUGCAGGGGGUUUGCAUGGUCCUGAGGAGGCAGCAGUAGUUGCAGAGGCGGAAGCGAUGGGGGAGUUUGUGCACAAUUUGCAGCAGCAGCUGCGGGAGCUGCAAGAGAAACAACAGCUGCAGCAGCAGCCGCAGGGGAUUGAGCACCUGGACAGCAGGCCUGCUGCUGUCGAGGCCCUGGGCAGAAUAGAGGAAAGGCUGCGCCUGGCCUUGGAGGCGGUCGAUGCAGAUGUGGCAGCGCUGCAGCGGGAGGCCGCAGCAACAGCAGCAGCAACUGUUGCCUUCGCGGCCGAUGCUGCUGACGAUCUGGGGCAACUGCAGCAACAGCAACAGCAACAGCAACAGCAGCAACAGCAACAGCAACAGCAACAGCAGCAACAGCAGCAGCGCGAGACGGAGGCUUCUCACGGCGACGAAGGCGAGAUGGAGGACGAGGAGGGCUUCAAGGGUGUGGAUACGCUAGACGGCGCCAGUGCGUCCACAGCAGCAGGAGGCUCAGCCGCGUGCGGAGCAGCCGCUUGGUCCCACCCGUGCAGAGCACUGCUGCGGGCCGCGCUGCAGUCAGCCGGGCGGCAGCUGCCCAGGGGCAAACGACGGGGGGCGCGGGGAGCCCCCAGGGAAUGGGGGGAGGCACAGAGGCAUCGGCCGCCGUUGGACGUAUUGUGCCUUGCUGCUUCUCAGACCAAGGCUGAAUGCAGCCUUACUCCAGAAGAGGCUGCUGCUGCUGCUGCUGCGGCCGCUGCCAUUGCAGCGACAGCUGCCGCGAACGGGUCGGAGGCGGCCGCUGCCGCCGCAGCAGCAGCAGAGGCGCUGCUGCCGUUGGGUGUAGCGGCCGAAGCAAGUGAAAGCGUCAGGAGGGUACCCUGGAUGCCCGCUGAGGGCCCCAUGUUCGAUAGUUUAGCUGCGGAAAACCAGUCACAGGCCUUUGCUGCUGGGUUGCCGCUGCUGCGGGAGAUAUGUCGUGUCGCUACGGUGGAGCUGCGCGUCCCGCAGCCGCCUGCUGUUGGCGAGCCCACAGGUAUUGCGGGCCUGCGGCGACUUGGAUUGCCUGGAGAGCAGCAGCUGCAUCGGAGAGGCCCCCUGUGGGUUCCACCUCCUCCUGCAGAAGACGAGGAGGAGGGCCCACCCUUCCGCUCUGCUGCGUGUGCUGCUGCGUCUGCUGCAUAUAACGAGCAACUCGUGCUCUUCCUCAGGCGGGACCUCUUUCCGCGCGAGAUCCUGCACCAGUUGCAGCAGCAGCCAGUUUGCUGCAAGGCACAACUUCUUCUGCCGCCCGGAUAUGAAGAGGGGAUGCUCCACCAGACCGCACCUACAGCAGAUCAAAGUGGUAGCCAGGGGCUUCCUCAUCCUAUCCUGAGGCUGCGAAAGCUUUCUACGCGCCGAUCAGGUUCCGAAUCGGACCCAACGGCAGCAGAAGCAACAGGAGCAACGCGAGCCAAUGCAGAAACAAGCGAGGGAGGAACAGAAACUGCAGCACCAGCAGAGGCAUCAGAUGCAGCAGCAGAAACAGGGGGGGCGAGUUCAGAGGCAAGAGGGGUUCUGGAGAGGAACUGUGGGUCUCCGUUGACUGUGGACGACGCACUGGAGUUCAUCAGCAAGCAGCAGCAACGCCAGCAACAUGCGCUCGAGCAGCUGCUGCAGCAGCUAAAGCGUUUGUGCCGAGGCAUCUCAAUGCAGCAACUUGUGUUGCUGGCCUCUGUUGUAGACUCCGUCAGCGCAGCUGAUGCAGCGGCAGCAGCGGCUGCAGUUGGGGACCCCGAAGCUGCUGUUUUCUCAGAUGAGAACGGGCAGGCAGAUACUCCGGUAGCGGCUGCAGCAGCAACGCCCGGCACGACUGAGAACGGAGCUGAGCAACAGCAGGAGCAGCACCAACAACAGCAGCUCGUGCGGCUGCAAAAAUUGCACGAGUGGCUAUCAGUGUUCCCACGGUAUGGGGUGUCUGCGGGGCGUGCGGUAGCGCUCCUGGCACAAGCAGGGGAGCAGCAGCAGCAGCAACAGCAGCAGCCUGAGGGGGAACCCGUCGACAUUCAACUUACCUUUAGCAGCCUCAUGCCGUAUCCAGAUGAGGAUCCUGGAGUUGUCGUUGCAUUUGCUUUGCCCUAUAAACGAGGCCCCCAGGAGCAGCCGUGGACUUGGGACCUGCGGCUUCUGGAGGGGGGUUCCGGCGGCCCGGAGGGGCCCCCUUUGGGCCCCCGCAGCCUUCAAGCAGUGCAGCAGCAAAUCGCACAAAGACAGCAGCGUCUCACGUUCCUUCUACGGCAGCAAAAAAUCGUCUGCAGGGCAAUGUACAAAGCUUGGAGGUGGUAA